CAGUGUCGGAAGCAAAGUACACAACACAAGUUUCUUUAAUUAUGGCAGCAAUUCAGAUAAUUUUACUGACGUUGGGAUUAAUAAACGGCGUGCUCAGUUCUGAGCAGCCAGACAAGGUGAAAAUGGAGAUUCCUUCUUUCCAAUGUAUCCUGUGUAGCAAGUCGGUGGCAACAUCGGGCGAAUGCCGAGACGACCCUUUAGCUGAGUCGCAAGACAUUGGUCGAGUUGGCUGUUCUGGGUCGUGUUACGUCAAGUUCGUCACUACGUUUGGCAAAAUUGUCCAUAUCGAUCGUGGAUGUAGUGAAAAAUGCAAGCCAUCAGAAGGGUGCGACAAUUGGGCUGGUACGGGAAUGUGUCGGCGUUGUUGCACUGAAAAUAACUGCAAUGACUACAUCAUGGAAUAGUUGAAGGCGCUGGAUAGUUUUCAACUUUACGGUAGACGGCUCAACAGAGGGCGUAAUAACUUACUAGACUUUUCAAACUCUACUGUCUCUUGUGCAACUUACCUCGUGUCAGUCAUUUAAGGUUCUCUAGUUGUUUUGCUACCAUGCGCACGAAGUGGGUGAAAUCACAGUCAGCUGGCGCACACGUGAUAAUAAAAUAAAUACGAUAUUUACUAUAUGGGGACCGCCAUCUUGAAUGCAGCAUAAAACUAAAUAAAAGACAAGUUGUGAAACGCGUUUUUCAGAUUCCUACAAAUCUGGACAAAAAUACCAACCUUUCACAAAAAUACGAUCCGUUGGGGUUAUAUUAAGCCAACCUAUAACAGAAUUCGGCCGAAUUCGGCGUUUUUGUGUUGAAAAAUCCCUUGCAUACGAACACCUAAUUACACGAAGAACACAGAACACUUUCCUGGGGUAUUUGAAACCAAAAAUUGUCAUUCCAGCUCAGCAGCCAAUCAGCGACGGCCUUACAGUCAGAUGACAAUUUCAGUUUCAAAUACCCCACGUGUGCGCCAGCUGACUGUGGGUGAAAUGGACGUUGGUCGCCCACUUCCGGUGAUGCAGUUUGAGAAAGAUAUUAACGAUACGAACUUCAGUUUCGUACCGAACAUGUUGGUUUUGUUUUGUAGGCAUCCUCGUUAUCUUUCGCGCUCAGUCGACAAGCCCCUGUGUGCCUACAUACAAAGAAAGAUAUCUCUGAGUAUUCAACUUGUUAUGAGCUGAGAGGAACGGUCUCACAAACGAUUGGUUAUAACCCACACCCCACCUUCCCGUAACGUAGCUACCAGGAACUCAACACUUUCUGUCUGUAUUUUAUAAUGUUUAUAUUAUUUGGUGACUGAUUAAACUGUAAAUUGUUGUUUCGAAAAUCGCUGCAUAUAUUAUAUGUAUAUAUUAUGUUUAUUAUUAUUAAAACGCUAGGAGCCAUUUAAACUGUGA